GCUGGCAGUGAGCUCGUCGGUUUAGUUUGCUUUGACUGCUCCACAAGAUUCAACGAUGUUACUCCACUCGAAGUAUUUACUACUAUUCAGCUGCUGCUUCCUGGUUCUCACGGCCACCGCGCAGAUUCCCAUUACGCCCCGAGAGUGCGCGGAAAAUGAAACUUUUCUGGCCUGUGGUCCCAGUUGCCAAACGGAGUGUGCCACGCUGGGAAAGCCCUGCCUGAUCAACCACAUUCGAUGUCCCGAUGGGUGCUACUGCAACAAGGGGUUCGCAAGGAAUUCCGGGGGCAGGUGCAUUCCUGUGGAUAAAUGCAACAAAGGCGGUUAUGGAAAGUAGAUCGGAUGCCCACGUCUGAAAUCUGCAAGCAGCUGAAAUUCUGUGAAUCGAAUGACAAUAAAAUUCAAUGGGAUGUUGGCAGCAUUGUUUAUGGCAAUGAAUAAAACGAGUAGGCGGUAUCUGGUUCAGCAA